UCACGUUUGGCCGCGUCAACCUCAAAUUUUCACCCGCGGCGCAAUAAUGACCAGAGGAUCCGCUGAAGAAUUGGAAAAAUCGUUUGAAGUUGCCAAGAAAACGACCUAUCUUGUAGGCCUCAACCCCUUCAUAGGCGACAGAACGGUCACAGGUCGGUUUGUGUUCUCUGCCCUGUUGAUGCUGGGUAUUUAUUUUCUAUGUUUCUAUACCCUGUGGGUGGUGGGAAGCGAGUGGCAAACAUCCUUGGAGGUAAUUCAGAUCUUGAUGCUGAACGUUUUGGGAACCAACAAACUGUGGCUUGGAUUUAUGCGAAGUUACGAUUAUUAUUUACUGUUCGUUAGCAGUGCGGACAUUUACAAGAUAUUCGAUGCGGAUAUUCGCAAUCGCCCUAUUUUGAGACAAAUGGUGAGAAUAUUGGCGGUGACGCUCAAAUCGAUGGCACUCAUUUACACGUUGUCGGGAUCACUUAUUCUCGUGCUGAUGACCGCAGUUAUCCUUAUAACCAAGGAGAGACUUCUGUUGCUCAGGAUUUACAUUCCCUUUGUGGAUCACACGACACCGGUGGGAUAUGCUAUUACAACGGCUUUGCAUAUGCUUAUGAUAGCAUACUGCGUGAAUGGUUAUUUGGCCUCGGAUAGUGUGUUUGUGUCGACAAUUUUUCCAAUAGUUGGAUACACCAAUGCAUUGAGAAACGAAAUAGAUAAUUUCAACGCAACAUUGCAUGAAGUCGAGCAAAAUGAGGACGAAAUCGCGGAGCAACUAAUGCAUAUCGUCAAGCUACAUCAAAGGAUUGUACAGUAUGAAGGCCAAGCAGUAGCGUUCUUCAAGGAAACAAAUCUGAUUCAGAUUAAUCUACAGGCUGGUUUACUCUUGGCGCUUGUAUUUAUGGGGCUCAUCCUGCACUAUCUACCGGCAAUGUGCACAACAUUGGCUAUUCUCUUUGAACUGACACUAUACUGCUCGCUAGGAACAAUCAUCACUACAAAGAACAAUAAAAUGAUACUCGACAUUUAUGACAUUGACUGGCACCUUUUACCAAAAUCGAAACAGAUGCUGGUUUUGUUCAUGCUACAUCGAGCCCAGAACGGUCGAAGUCUUUGCGUUGGAAAUUUUGCGCCAAUGGACAUGCAGACUUACGUAAAGAUCUUGAAAACUGUGUAUACAUUUCUGGCAAUGCUAAUAACGGUUAUGGACUAAGUGAUGUCGAUGCAGUGCUGUAUUUUAUUGUAUAUUGAAAUAAACUGUUUUUGUAUAAGGGGUACUUGUUAGCAAAAAAUCACCGUCAUAUUUGAAAUUAAAUUACUUUACGUAUCAGUGCUGAAAAUGUCAUUUCGACAUAUCAUAUGUUCAACAACCUGCAGCUCAUUUUAGAAGCUGAACCUGAAAAUAAGUUAAAAGAAAAACUUGUGCAACUACACCAGUUUUACAAAAAAGUCACAAAAAACACUCUUUUUCGAAUAUUUAAGGUAAAUGUCACGGUAUCGGUGAAUAUCGGCAGUGCUUGGUGAGAGACAAUGAUUCAUUGUUGUCAAUUAACCAUCAUCGAAUAAAACAUUGAUUUGAAGUUAAAAGUUGAUUUAUUUAUUGAAGAGAACUCAAAGAACAACAAAAUCAUCACAUUUUACCCCUUGUAGGAUGUUGGGGUCAAUAUGACCCAGACAGGCUCGUCGAACGUGUACUACGUUUAUCGUUGUGUGCCUAGCUAAACAUCUUAGAAGGGUUAAAAUGUACAAAAACACUCGUUUUUGUUUCAACGACUGUUUUCUGUUGAACCUCCAGAAAAUUAAAACGCUUCCCUAAUUGUUUGCCGUUGAACCGCUUCAGCUGAGCGCCACGAGUGCGAAAAAGCCAUAGUCUGGUUCAUAUCAGUGCCGACACGCCAGCGACGACCGGUCCAGCCUUUUGAGCAGCAUUGGC